AUGGCCGCCCCCGACGCCACCGCCGGGGCAGGUGCCGCCGCCGCGGAGGCCACUGGCCUCGCUGACGGUCCCGGCGCAUGUGCCGCCGUCCUUGUCGAGGUCGCCGCAGCCGUCGUCGAUGCCAACGUGCGUCCUGAUCCAUCCGCCGCCGCCACCGUCUCAGUCGCGGCUACCGGAGCAGGCGUUCCCAUCACCGCCGCGGCCUUCGUCGCGACCACCGAGGCAGGCGUUCCCACUCCCGUUGUGGCCGCCGGAGCAGGCACCCCCACGUCCGCCACCGCCGCCGCCUUUGCCAUGGCUCCCUGGGCGGAUGUCCCUACCUCCGCCACCGCCGCUGCCUUCGUCGCAGCCGCUGGGGCAGGCGUCCUUGCCUCCCCCGCUGCCGCUGUCCCCGUCAUGGCAGUGGGGGCGGACUCUCUCUCCUCCGUCGCCACCGUCGUCCCCGUCACAGUCACUGGGGCAACCGUCCCUGUCUCUGCCACCGCCGUUGGAGCCGCACGCUCCUCCUCCGCCUCGUAG